UUUGUUAUUAUUCUAUUUUUUUCUGCAUUUUUAAAUAAUUACAGAUAUAACUAAACAUCUACUCCUUCAAAUUAAUCCAUAAACCUUUUUCUGUAAUAUCCAACAAUUUCAUUUUUCAAAUUAACAAACAAUAAUCUAGAUAUGGUUUUUGGUAGUUAGUAAAUUAUUUAACAACGAAACCAAAAGUAGUACAUAGUGUAUGUCCACUGUAGACUAAAAGUAGAGAAAGAGAAGGGGUAAUUUAAUUUGUACACUGUGCAGCACAGCACGCACAUAGUUGAUGGUUAAAAUCGUAGGCCGAAAUUUCAAGUUCUAAUUGUUUCGGAAGCGACACUAGAUCUUAUAAACUAAAUUUUAUGACAAGAUAUCAAAUUACUUUUCAUAUAACAUUCCACCUUCAAAAAACAUUCCACCAUAGUUUUAUUAUUUAGAAGAAGAUGCUAAUUACUGUUACUAAUGUCCAAGUUUUGGUAUAUAACUAAAUUGGACAAUUAUAUAUUUUGUUUUUCAAGGAACCUUAUCCGGAACGAACAAUUGUGCAAUACAACUCUCUCAAAGUGUCUAAACUAACUGGAAUCAGUGAUGCCCUUUGGAGUCCAAACAAUGAAGCCAUGCAACCAUGCUGGAACAGACCCUCAUUUCUAUUCAAAGAGAGAAAACAACCCAAUAAUGGUUACAUCUUUUUCACAUUGAGUCGUGCACCAGAAUAUCAUGCCACACAGGUAGCAAAUGCUGUGGCGGUGGCCACUCAACUAGGUGCACAACUUGCAAUUCCAGACAUCCGAGGAUCCAAUUCUCGACACAAACUGCAGUUUGGCGAAAUUUAUGAUGUGGAGACGUUUGUGAGAAGCCUGAAAGGAGUAGUCCAAGUCGACAAGAAUCCGGCUGCACAAUUAUCAAACAUGAAGCUCCAUAUCGUGAGCGUUCCUGAUGGAGUUUCAGAGGAUUUCAUAGCUUCAAAAAUCAGCCCCAUUUUUCGCAGCAAACGAAAACUGAAGAUAGUUACUCACUUCAACUCAUCAAAGGGGAAACUAGACGAGUCAUCAGCUGCAUAUCAAUGCAUAGCAAUGUUUGAGAGCCUCAAACUGCACCCAGAUUUGCAGCAACUAGUGGACUCCAUGGUCGCAACACUGCGAAGCUUCAGCCACAAACGCGGCCACUACAUUGCAGUGGACUUGAGGGUUGAUGAUUCAUUGUGCCAGGCGAGCAAACAUUGCUACAACGUUCAAGAGAUCGGAGAAUUUCUUAGGAAAAUCGGUGUUGAGAGAGAGACGAGUAUAUACUUGAGUCAGACUGGAUGGAGCAGCGGUCUUGGUGAGUUCAGGGAUGUCUUCCCCAACACAUUCACUAAGGAUGCAAUAAUGGCCGUUGAUCAGAAGGCUAGGUUCAUGGACUACGAGAAGAUCAUCGACUUUUACAUAUGUACAGAGAGCGACAUCUUCGUGCCAUCGUUCCCAGGCAGAUUCUACAGCAUUGUGGUGGGGAAGAGAAUUGCUAAAGGCAGAUCACAGAUCCUUGUUCCAGCCAAAAACACUUCAGCUACAGCAACGCAUUAUGUGUCUCCCUAUAUAGCAAAGAGGAGCCAUUUUGCAUAUUCAUGCUUCUGCUGAAAACUUUCCUCUCUCAGUAAUGUACAUCUGUUGCUACGUUUUUGAAGAUAGUUCAAAACCAACAAAUGAUUGAUUGAUACAAGUACAAGAUUAUCACAAUCAAAGUGUGAAAUACCGUACAUUGUGGUAAAAAUAUCAAAUCAAA